GUGUGUGUGUGUGUGUGUGUGUCAUUGAGACUAAUACCACUUGCAGAAAUGUACACUAUAAAAGUUAUUUACACAAAAUACUGAACCUAAUAAUUACACAGAGGCCUGUUAUUUAGUUUUAUUUCCAUGGCAGGUAACUGAAUGCAUUAACAGAUUAACUAUAUAAAAAUUAUGAGGUAGUUGUGAUUUAAUAAGUUUGAUUAAUUGACAGCACUGUUUUACAGUACAUAGAUUGACAAGAUUAAAAUAGUAUAUAAUAUUUCCUUAAUUUUUUUUUUCUCGAUCAUCUCUGGUCUUGGUUUGAAUGCCUUUGUCUUUCAUUUCUAUCAGUGGGUGAUCAGAAAUAGGUGUUUUGUUCAUCUGAUGAAAAUAAGAAUGCCCUUCUCCUCCUCACAUUGAAAUCUUUCUCUGAGAACAGUGAAGUGAUUCUUUGUGAAUCUGUUGCGUCGUCGGGAAGCAAAAUGAAGACAUUGAGAGAACUGGAUGCAUAGUCCAGUGAGCUUGACGAAGCUGAACUGUUGAGCACACUGCCCUAAAGGGACACUUGGUUUAUUGGACAAAGAGCCUCUAAAGGAAGUGGAUGAGGACAUGGUAUCAGAGGUGGAUCUCAACAACACUGUCACAGAAGGGGAGCGAGAGGAAAUGGAGAAUGAACUGACUAAGUUAGAAGAAGAAAUCACAACUUUGAAACAAGUCCUGGCCUCCAAAGAAAAGCGUCACUUGGAGCUGAAACAAAAACUAGGGAUCACACCCCUGUGUGAACUGCGACAGAACUUCACCAAGAGCUGGUACGACAUGCAGACCAGCACUGCAUACAAAAAGACGUCUGAGACCCUGAGCACGGCAGGACAGCGGACCUCAGUGGCCUUCAGUAACCUGGGCAAUGCCAUCAACAGGAAGUUCGGCGAUAUGAGGUCAUAUUCUCUUGGCUAUUCUAUACGGCAGUCAAUGAGCAUGCCUACAAUGAGGAACUCGCCUAGUUUCAAGUCCUUUGAGGAGAAAGUCGAAAGCACAGUUUCAAACAUUAAGUCUAAGGUUGGAGGAACAGGAGGUGCGGGCAGUUUUGAAGAGGUCCUGUCUUCAGCGGCCCAAGCCAGCUCCCAGGACACCCCUACUAAUAACGUGACUGGGAACAGUGAACGCUAAGGGUUUUAAUGGUCUACCAGUGAAACUUUGAUGAUACUUAAUGGUUUGG